AUGGCCGCGGACGCGGCCGUGUCGCUCACCAUCGCCCACGUGUUCGGCUCGCACUGCGGCACCGGCCUCCGCGAUGCGGCCGUCUUCGGGGACGACAGCGGGUACACCAUCAUCAAGCCCGCCGGGCGCCACCUCACCAUCACGAACACCGAGACCGGGGAGUCCACGGUCAUGCCAGCGGACGAGCGGACCGAGGGCGUAACGGCCUGCGCGAUCUCGAGGGACAGGAAGUUCUUCGCGGUCUGCGAGCGACAGACUGGCGAGGUGCACCACGCGCUGUCCGUGGCCAUCCACGACCUCCGAACCGUUUCGGUGCGGAGUAGGAUCGACCCUUUCGGCACCACCUUCCCGCGCAUCGUCGCGCUGGCCUUCGGCCCUGUGCAGGGAGACGGUGCACCGCUGCUCUGCGCGGUCUCCAGCGGUCAGGAGCCCACGGUGUCCGUGAUGGACUGGCUUGGUGGCAGGGUGCUGGCCAGGCACAAGGUGCAGGGCCCCGUCGAGAGAUUGGCAUGGUCGCCGCAGGCGGAUGCCUGCAUGCUCUCUUUCUCGACCUCGCGCUCGAUCAACCUGCUGUCGCUUCGCGAUCUCAACGCCAAGGCGCCCCGAACUCCAUACCUGAAGGAGCACGGGUCGUUCGGCGGCCUCGACGAGAAAACCCUCAGAAUAACGGACCACGCCUGGAUCGAGCCUGGGGACGGUAGGCUCGUGGUCUGCGCCUCCGAGGGCACGAUCUACGUCCUGAGCAGUCUCGACAUGAUCGUUGUACUGACGAAGCCUGCGGCCUUCGGCCUGGGCGUGACGUGCAUGCCGAUCUGUGUGCGGUGCUUCUCGCAGGGCUUCUUGAUUGGCGGCAGCGAGGGUCGGGUCGCCAUCUGGGAGAAGGUGGACAGCGGGAGCGAUCAGCAGGAGACCAGCCUGGAGCUGAACCACCGCCGCACCGUCAAGGCUGGAAAGGCGGACGCGGCGAUCGCCUGCAUGGACAUCGCCGGGGCAGAGGAGAGCGUGCUGCUGGGCUUCCGCGAUGCCGACAUUGGGAUUCUCAAAUUCUCCUCCCUGUACGCCCAAGACAAGGAGGUCGCCGAGUGCUCAAUCUUAAACGGCGGUAAUCAUUCAGGGCCAGUCACGUGCCUUGACACGGCGGCCCAGCGUCCCCUCGUUCUCUCGUUGUGCCGCAAGGACUGCUCGGUAAGGCUUUGGAAUUACACGACGUGGCAGUGUGAGUUCUGUUGGCGGUCGCCGACGGAUACACCCAACGCCAUAGCCUUGCACCCGUUUGGUUAUUUCGCGGCAGUCGCGCUCAGCGAACAGCUUCGCUGUUUCUAUGUCGCCUCCACCGAGCUGAAGCCCCAUUGUAGCGUGGAAAUGGCCGACGUACAUCUGCUCAGAUUCUCCAACGGCGGGCACCUUCUCGUGGCUGGCCAGGGGAACCUCGUCCAUGUUUUCAGCACGCACGUCGUGAGGCUCAUCGCCACGCUGGAGGGGCACGCCGAAACGGUCAGCUCGCUAUGCUUCGACCCAGAGGACCACUCGCUGUGGAGCUGCGACGCCGGCGGCGUGCUGAUGGAGUGGGACACCCAGGACUGGGAGCGCCUGGGCCAGCACGCCCACGCCGCCUGCGAGUACCAGGCCGCCUCCUCGUGCGCGGGGGGCACGGUGGCCUGCGCGGGCCUCCAGGGCGGCAGGGGCGUCGUGCGGCGCUUCAAGCACGGGGCCGUGUCCCAGGAGCGGUGGCUCGGCAAGGACCUGCGGCCGAGCGCCAUCUGCCAGUACGCGGGCAGCGGCGCCGCCUUCGUGGCCACCGCCGCGGGCAGCGUGCUCACGUGCCUGCCGGGCGCGGCGGCGCACGCGCCCGCCGCCCUGGGCCUCCACUCCGGCAGGUGCCUGGCGGCCUGCCUCUCGGCGGACGGGCGCACGCUCGUGACCGCCGGGGAGGACGGCGCGAUCUUCGUGCUCAACGUCCACGGCCUCGUGCAGGGGGACGGCAGCGAGCAGCGGCCCGGGGACAUGGAGGCGUCGCGCGCACAGGGCGUGCCCAGCGCGGACGUCAUGCUCGUCAACCGGGCGUACAUCCAGCAGCUGCAGCACCGGUGCGACCAGCUGAGGGCCGCGAACGCCGCCCUGCGGGCCCGGCAGGUGCGCGAGAAGCAGCAGCUGGAGGACGAGUGCGACGUCCUCCUCCGCAGUGCCCGGGCGCAGGACCAGGCGGAGAUCGCGGAGCUGACCAGGCGCUGCUCGGCGCUGAAGCUGGCGUCCGAGGCGAAGGAGAGGGAGAGCAAGCGGAUCGUGAACGAGAUGGAGUCGACGCACGCCCAAGCUGCAGAGCAGCUCGAGCACCUCUACCGGAAAAGCUGGAGUUCGAGGCGGAGCGGUUCGUGA